GAUCGAGGAAUGAGAGUAUCAACAUUUCCAUUCGCGAUUAUCGUUUAUCUAUAAUGAGAAAGCUCAUCUUUGAGAAGAAUCCGCGUGAAAUGAAUAACGCUGAUAGAAAUGAGAGUGAGGACGAUCCUUCUACGCACAGUUCUCAUAUUGAAAAUCGUCCCUUCCAGUUUAUGGAUCUGCGACAAUCCAUAAAAGAUAAAAUUAGUAAAAGGGAGAUAUUUUACAGUUUCGAAAUUGUUUCUGUGAGGAAACCCAAAACAUUUUACCAAAGAUAUGAGACUUUAAAUAGGCUUCUGAUGGACAUGGAUAAGUAUUUGCCUCUUUUUUACGCGUUAACCUGGCAUAACGAAGGAGCUUCUGGCAGUAAUAAUUAUUUGCCUUUGGACUUGGUAAAGAAUUUUCCAUCCAAUACUCUUUUACAUCUAGCAGCUAAGGAUCUAAAGCGUGACGAAGUCGUUUGUAUCUUAAAAAAAGCCCUUGCCUUUGGAAUAAUUAAUAUAUUUGCGCUACAAGGAGAUGCAGAUUCGUUAUUAGAAGACGGCGACUUCAAAUAUGCAGCGGAUUUGAUUGCUUUUAUAAGGGAACAAUUUGGCGAUACGUUUUGUAUAUGUGUGGCAGGUUAUCCACAAAUGCACCCGAAAUCUUUCUCAAAGGAACUCGACUUACAUUAUUUAAAGGCGAAAGUAAUAAUCGAUAUCUAUUCACAAUAACGAAAAAUAUUUUGCAGCCGUAAUUUUUUUUUUUACAGU